CAAAUUGUUAUUCAACAGACAGUGGAGACUGAAGAGUGAUUAUGGUGUUGAGUCAGUAGUAAGAGUGAGGGUUUUACCUUCCUCACUCUCUUAGGCCUCUAGAGCAACAAUUCAAGGAAAAGAGGUCAAGCGUGGUUAAGGGAAUGGAAACGCUCUUUAGUUGUUAGGCUGAGCUGAUACAGUGGAAAUAAACAUAUUUGGGAAGGAGCAAAGUAUCCGAUGUAUUGUCACUUCUGAAUUCAUUGCAGUUGAACUUUGUGAUUCAGGAGUUAUCAAAUGUUUAUCACUGCCUAGAGAUUCAAAGGAGGCUCAAGCCAAAAUGUUUAUCAUUGCAGUUGGAACCAUAAUAAGGUUAGGGUUAUUUAAGUCUAUGAUUGAUUCUAUAAUUUUAGUGACUAAAAUCACAGUCAGAUUCUCUGAUUUUUAUUUGAAAUAUUGAUCAAAUACAUAUUAUUAUAAAAUAUCUAUAUGAGUAUACUAAUUUAUCUGAAUAAAUCGGGGUUUUUUUUGUUUAUUCGAUUUGAUCGUUUAAUAUACAGAACCAUAUCCAUAUAUUGUGGUUCGUUUUUAAAUGGUUCGGUUUUACUGGAUUAAACAUCCUAGACUAUCCUUAUUUUGUUAAUGUGUUAUAUUUGUGAUUUUUAUAAUCCUUUCACUGCCACAAGAUUUCUUUUCAGUCCAAACACAAUGUGUGUUUAAUUUCAAAUACAAAUUUCCUAAUUUACUUAUUGCUAUUAGAAAAGAUUUUGAUUCAAAAUCUACAUCACAUAAAUAAAAAUAAAACAAUGAAACAAAAGAACAUAAUUUAAUACAUUGAUUACUAAUAUGAAUAUUGAAAUUUUAUAAUUUAUAAUAGUUUGAAAUUUGUAUCUAAUUUAAUAAUUAAAUUUUGUUAAAAGAAACAUUAAAAUUAACAAAAUGUUAGGUAUAUAUAUUAUAUAUAUAUAUAUAUAUAUAUAUAUAUAUAUAUAUAUAUAUAUAUAUAUAUAUAUAUAUAUAUAUAUUAGUCCGCACAGGGUGCGGAACAUCAACUAGUAAUUAUUUAUUAGUUAUGAGAUAAAAAAAUCUAAUCAUAUAAAACCUACAAAAAUAAAAAAUAUUUUUGAAGAGUAACAUAUAUGAGACAAAGAAAACUUUGGUAUAUCCAUUUUUUUAUCUCUCUCACAUUUUCGUUUUCGAAAAGAAGAUGACCUUUGUGUUUUUGUGUUUUGCAAAUUAAUAACCUUGAGGUUUUGAAGAAAAUCUUGCACGUAAAUGGGUGAGGUUUGAUAAAUCAAGGCGAUGAUAGAAUUAGAGAACAGAGUAAAAUCCAAAGAUAUUAAGCAAACACAAAUAAAAAAUAUGAUAUGGAUAACAACAUCUCUCGGAGAAGAAGCCUUACAUUGCCACAUCAGGUUUGUGGAUCUUUUAGUUUUAUUUUUGUAAGAAUCAAGAAAAAUUUGUGGCUCUAAAACCAAAAGAAAAGUGAUGAAAAAAAUAAACGAUUAAGAAAAAAAAGAGAGAACAAAUACAAAAGGUUAAGUGAUAGUUAUAUAGGCAAUGAAACACUUUGGUUCGUGCCAUGAAAUUAGGGCUAGUGGGGUUCUUUAUUGUUAGAGAAUUAUUUUCAUUACAAUUGUUUAAUUUUGUAAUUGGCUUAAAAUUUUAACCAUUACGUAAACUAUUAGUUGAUUUUUUAAUUUUUAAUUUUUUUUAAACAAUUCCACUUGUCAUUAUUUUAUUGGAAAUGUGACUUGUGCUUUAGUAUAUAAGGAAUUCUUAGAACAUUAAUUUGGAUUAUUGACAAAUUAGUCAUUAGUCUCAGGUAACCAAAUCCAUAAUUGUAUAGAUAGUCAUAAUUGUAUCACCAAAAUCAACCAAAUAAUACAAAACCUUUCACCAAUUUUGCAAAGAUUAAAUGGAAAAUGUGGCAACACGUCAACUUUCAAUAUUACCGGAUUUCCAAGUAUAAGUACACAUAAAUAAACAUCAUCCUCUGUAACAUUAGUCUCAUUGAUCACAAAACCGUCUUGUGUGUUUUAAAUGCUACUCAUGUCUAUUAAAGCUUAAUAGUAGAGAUGGUGAAUUUCUUGUUAAAACCAAAAGUUAUUUAUGUUUUCGUCUUGUGUGUGAUCAGGUAACCAAGUCCAUCGAGGGCCUGCUUUCUUUACCACAGAUCCGUAACCCAAACGACCCAAGAAUAAAGGAUCUAAAAGAGCUUGAAGCCAUAAAGAAGGCCAUUGACCAGAAAUCACAUUCCUCGGUGAGAAGAGAGCUUCAGGCUGGUCUUGGUUACAUGAUCCUCCAGACCGCAUUGUUCAUGAGGCUAACCUUCUGGGAACUCACAUGGACGUUAUGGAGCCAAUAUGUUUUUAUGUCACAUCUAUAUACUUCAUGGCCGGUUACUCCUUUUUUACUCAGGACCUCGAAAGAGCCUUCCUUUGAAGGGUUUUACCAAAGCAGGUUCGAGUCUAAACAGAGGAAACUGAUGGAGGCUCAAAAUUUUGAUGUUGGGAGGUAUGAUGAGCUGAAGAAGCUGUUUUAUCCAAAACCUUCUUCAGCUGCUGUUUCCAAGAUUCUUGGAAGUAUACAGAAUUAAUCUUUGAUUAAGGGGAUUUUGUUACAUACCGUGAUGGUGUCUCGUUGUCCUAAUCUGAUAAAGAUAUACUAUUAACAACCCCAAAACUGUGAAAGAAACCAAAACAAAGUGUUCGAAUAGGUGCGGCUUAUGUUAUCUUUUGGAAGAGUAGAUAAUAUAUCUAAUACAAUGUAUACUAUGUAAUAAAUACUGAAAGUACAGUAUUAUCAUGUAUGUACUUUCGUUUCUCGAGUCUGGGGUUCUUAAUUUUUAAUUGUAUACGAUUUAUUGUAUCCACAUAAUCUCAAUAAGGCUAAUGUAUCAUAUCGUCACGUUUGUAUUAGUUUAGUACCGGUAUAUACAAUACAGUAGCGUUUUAUCCGUAUAGCAACAUGUAUAACGUUGCCUAAUUACAUUUCAAUUCGUCGGACUAGCUAAAAUGAUUGACAGAACAUGGGUUGCGUGGUAGUUGUUGUUGUAACUUGUAAGCUCACCGUCCAAGUCCCUUUUAAAAUUAAUUCACGAGAAAUCAAUUACGACCGUGUAAAUAAAAGAAAUCUCGAGUUUGGUAGGUCAAACGUCACUUAUCGCAUAUACUAUGAAUCAGGUGGACAAUACCAAUAACCCAAAUUACUCAUUGUGAAUUAACAAAGAGAUGUAUUACCGGCCUUGACACAAUAACGAUUAGGAUAACCGACAACUAAUACUUAAUCCUGUUGUUUGAUUACGUAUCAUUCAACUACAUUAAACUCAAAUAACUCAUAGAAUGUGAUUGUAAAGUAUUUUUAACGAUAAUAAAGUGGAGGAAAAACUAAUUUCAGCUGAGUUACUUUACUUUCACCUGAUUUCAGCCCAUUUAUUCCAAAACAGAGUAAAAUUUUACUCCCAUCCUCACUUUUCUCUCCUCCGUUUUCAACCAUUUAUUUUUUCAUUUUUUACUGUAUUAUUAAUUAUCAAUCAAAGCCAUAGUGUACUGGUAAGGGUGAGCGUUCGGAUACUCGUUCGGGUUCGGGUAUUUCGGAUUUUCGGAUAUUUUGGUAUAAAGGUGUAGAACUCGUUCGGGUAUUUCUGAACUUUGGGUCGGGUUCAGAUAAUUUUAGUUCGGAUUCAGUUAUUUCGGAUCGGGUUCGGAUAUUUAGAUUUGGAAAAAAAAUAUAUUAAAUUUUUCAUUUCUCGAAUUUCUUGUAUUUAAAAAUAUAACUUUCACUUAACUAAUUUUUUAUUUUUAAUAGAUUGAAUGGUUAAUAGAUUUGGACAUAACAUUUUGAAACUAAAAAUACAUUAAUUUGGUUAUUGUUUUUAAAUUUUAGAUUUAACUUUUUGUUAAUUUUUGAAAUAAAAAAUUUGACAUGCAUUUUAAGUGAGUAGCAAAUUAUUUUCUCCGUAAUUGUAUGUAUAUCAUAUGAACUUAAAGUAUGUGUAGUAUCAAUAUAAAUAUUGUUUAUAAAAUGAGAGAUGUAAACUUGAAAUAGAAGGUUAAUUAUACAUAGAGUCGUUAUCUUCGGAUAUCCAUUCGUAUUCGGAUAUCCAAUCUCUCCUAAUUCAAUACUGUAGAACCUAAAUUCUACACAAAGUAUUUGAUAAUGAUCAGGGUUGAUCUAGGAAAGAUAAAUGAUGUAGGCAACGAUAUCUUUAGAACACAACGAUGUUAAAUAGUUUCCGGUAGGCGAAAAUAGACUUUAUUGAUAAUUGGAAUCGAAUACAAUAAGUUGAACUAGAUCGAUUGAUACAAACAAGUUCGAUCUAGUUGGAAUCUAAAAAUGGAAAGACAAUAAGAUCGAUGUGAAUGUAAAGCUCUCUCUAGGGUUUUAAAUGUGUCUCCUUUCUUGUUUCUUCUCCUUUCUUUAUAGCGAAUCGACUGUGAGAUCUUCGUGGUAGCUCCGCGAUCUCAGCUUCUUGUUGCGCGAUUUUUGUGGCUCCUUUCUCGAGCUCGAUUCUGGUUGUGAGUCUCGGUAUGUUUCGGCCCAUGUCUUUGAUCGUGAUCCAUUUUGGUAUUGACCAAAAUUGGAUCCAACAAAUACCCGUUAUGAAAUUUUGCUACAUCGGUUUAGAUUUUUUGGAUUGAGUUCGGAUGCGGCUUCAGAUAUCGUGUAAAGUGACCACCUCUAUGUACUAGUACCAGUAAAAAAGUGUGGUACUAAAAGAAGUUAUACGGUUAUACCGCCCAAAUAAGACUAGCAUUAUUAUUUAAAAUUAUUUUACUGGAUACGUAUCAGAUAUAUGUCUUAGCUGUUCAUCAAAUGGUGUGAAAUAAUAAUUUAAUAACUCGUUACUACUGAUUAUCCAUCUUCGUAAUAGUCGCCCCACGCAUAUUCCAUCCUAGCCAUGAAGUAAAAACUCAUGCAUAUUGACCGACUCAAACUCUCCUUUAGUCCAGAGGUGUUUGGGUUUUGAAUGCGAGUAAUUACCAACUUAUCGUGUACCAAUUAUUCUUGAUUCCCUUUUGAUUCCAAAGAUAUCCAAAUAUUGUUUUCUAUUCCGAAGAUAUAAUAAAAUCAGAUUUAGACCAAAAUCUUAAACUUUUAGAAACGUUUUCUAAAAUGUGAUUUGAUAUGAUAAUAGAUAACAUACCUAAUUUAAUUUGUCACGUACCGAGCACAUGUGUGACAAAUAACAUUGGUCCAUAUCAACUUGCUUUCUUGACAAAACCGGGCAUCUUGUGAGCUAUGUUGUUUUAUCUCAGUUAUUUGAAAAUGAAAAUGAUGUAAAGAGAGCUUUACAUAUGAAAAAGACACACGCACACAUAUAAACACACUAGAGGGAGUAAACAAGAAGAAGAGUCACCGACGAUCAACGCCACCUCCCGAUCAUGUCCACGGCUCUGAUUAGCUCUCUCACCUACUACCUCUCCGAACAUCCAUACAUCGUCGGGUUCCGCUGGGGCCACAGCCAAUCAUGGGGCUCCACGUGGUGUUUUCUCAUCACCUCCAUCUUUCUCUACAUCGCCGUCUCCUCCUCCCUCCACAUCCUCCUCUCCGCCUUCCUCCGCCGUAACCGCUCCGUUCCGUUAGGCCACAUCCCAGACAUCCACAGCCUUCUCAUGUCGAUCCUCUCCGCCACCAUUUUCGCCGGAAUCCUCCUCUCCGCCGCCGCGGAGAUCCGUGACACACGGUGGUUCUGGCGCCGGAGCAAAACCGCCACUCCUCUCCAGUGGCUCCUCUGCUUCCCGCUCGGUACGCGCGCCUCCGGUCGCGUCUUCUUCUGGUCCUACGUGUAUUACCUCACGCGGUUUCUCCACAUGCUCCGCACGGUCUUCGCCGUCUUCCGUCGCCGGAGACUCGCCGUGUCUCAGCUCUUCUGCAACUCUGCCAUGGCGUUCACGUCUUUCCUCUGGCUCGAGUUCUCGCAGUCGUACCAGGUUCUAGCCAUUCUGUCGACGACGCUGGUUUACUCUGUGGUUUACGGUUAUAGAUUCUGGACCGGGUUUGGUUUACCCGGUUCGACAUUUCCUUCGUUGGUGGUGAAUUGUCAGCUGCUUCUCGUGGUUUGUAAUCUCGUGUCCCACGCUGGGGUUCUUGCGAUGCACCUCAUUAAAGGCGGAUGCAAUGGGAUCGGCGCGUGGGGUUUAAACUCUGUCCUCAACGGUGCGAGUUUGUUGCUUUUUCUUAAUUUUUACAUGAGAAUGCAUUCGCCGUUGCGACGUCAUAUUAUCAACACUUCGCCGGAACUUGAACCUAGUAAUGCAAAAGAAUUAACUUUCGAGGAUUAGGGUGGCUCUUGGGUUGAUCCUUUUUAUUCUUCUCAAUAAGACAAAUAUUAACCUUAAUCACUUAUUAUAAAAAAACUUUGUAACUCUCUCCUUCUUGCUAAUCUAGCCUUAAUUGCUAACACUUUACCACAAUAUUUAAAAAAUAAUCAUCUAACCACCACUUAGCUAUUUUUGAAACAUUGACAUCUUUCGUAGUUGUUAAUUAACUUUUUUUUUUUGUAAACUACAUACAUACGUAGGGAAAACGACUUAUUCAUGCCUGAACUAUGAGCCGCUGAAAAAAUACAUACCCCAACUUUUGUUGUAUGUCAAAUCAUACUUUCACUAAUAAUAAAUUUGAAAUUCAUGCAUGUACUAGGGAUCAAUUAAAAAAUACACACCUCAACUCUUAUAGCAUGCCAAAACAUACAUUAACUAAUCAAAAAUUUGAAAUUUAUACCUAGGCUUUAGAAGUCAACGCUAAUCACAAUCUAUACUAUUAUUUGCGAAAUAAUUUUUCGCAACGAAGUUCUCACGUUAAAAACUAGAGUGGCUAAAGUCUAUCUUACCCUUAAUGAAUUUUUAUAUAUAUUCUAUUAUAUAAUAAAAUGAAUUUUAUAUUAAAAAUCUUAUAUAAUUUUUUAAAAAAAUUUAUGAUAAUUCUUAUAUAUUAUGUUGUUAUCUUAAAAUAAUAUUUUACUAUUAUAAAAGUAAAAAAAAAAUUAAAAGAAGUGAUAUUUUACAAUAUUAUAUAUUUUUUUAAAUAAAAUAAUUCUUAUAUAGUGUGUUGUUAUCUUGAUGAAAAUAUUAUUUACUUAUAAUAUUUAGUUAUACAAAUAUAUCUUAAAAUCACUUCUUAGAAAAUAUCUUUAUACAAAUAUAUUGCUUCAUUAAUAUUUACUUAGAUAUUAUGUUUAUCUUAAAAUUUAACUUUCAUAACAGUAAAAUAUUAUUUCAAGAUAACAACACAAUAUAUAAGAAUUAUCUUAUGUAUUUUUUAAUAUAAUAUUGCAAAAAAUCACUUCUCUUAUUUUUUACUUUUAUAAUAGUAAAAUAUUAUUUUAAGAUAACAACACAAUAUAUAAGAAUCAGCAUAAUUAUUUUUAAAAAAAUAUAUAAGAUUUUAAAUAUAAAAUUGUUUUAUUAUAUAAUAGAAUAUAUAUAAAAUUUCAUUAAGGAUAACAUAGACUUUUGCCACUCUAAUUUUUAAUGUGAGAGCUAUGUUACGGAAAAUUACUCUCUUAAUUUUUUUUUUACUUUUAUAAUAGUAAAAUAUUAUUUUAAGAU